CCCACGAGUCACACGUGUCUCCCCUGGAUCCUGUCAGGAUACUUGUUGCCUAAACUAAACGAAGCCAGGAAGAGCGUUCCUUUAACUCUGCACCUUUCUGGGAAACAUAUUGGAAUGUUGUAAUAGCAGGGAACAUUUUUGCAACUCUAUCGGUCACAUCAUUUCUGCCACAAAUCAUAUGCUGGUGGACAAACCUUGUGUGAGGAGGAGCUGGUCUUCUUUCAAGGAAGGUUCCCACAAACCUGACAUCGGGCCCUGGUCCUAACGCAGUCGACCAACCUGUAGCCGACAGUUCAAACAGUUUUCACUCAAACAGACACAGCGUCACUAAUGGAGGUAAAACUAGUCUUUUGAGCGUUAAUGUCUUUACACUGGAAUCACAGCUUGAAGAGGGACACCGGUCAUUGAUUCAGCCUGUGCCAUGGAUCAUGUGCUCUACAUCGCUGACCACUACAUCCUCACUCCGUACGUGUACCCGGCCUCGUGGCCCGAGGAUGAAGCUCUGCGUCAGAUAAUCAGCCUGUGGGUGGUGACAACGAUGGGAGCAGAGCUGCUUUACCUGGGCUUUGCUGCUCUUAACUUCUAUGGUGUGUUCGACCACAAGCUCAUGAAACAUCCACAGUUUAUCAAGAACCAGGUAAGAAAAGAAAUCCAGCUGGGAGUGAACUCGAUCUUCUGGAUGAGCUUCCCCACUGUCGCUCUUUUCUUCUGGGAGAUCAAGGGACACAGCAAACUUUACGACCACAUCAGCGAAUCUUCCCUGGGCUGGGCUGGAGUGUUCCUGAGCAUUGCUGGUUUCUUGUUCUUCACCGACAUGUGUAUCUACUGGAUACACCGCUGGAUGCAUCAUAAGCUCAUUUACAAGCACUUACAUAAGCAACACCACAUAUUCAAGAUCCCCACGCCAUUUGCCAGCCACGCCUUCCACCCACUGGACGGCUUCCUGCAGAGCUUACCCUACCACGUCUACCCCUUCAUCUUCCCCCUGCACAAGGUGGUGUACCUCUCACUCUUUGUCUUCGUCAACUUUUGGACCAUUUCCAUACACGACGGAGAUUACCGCAUCCCCGGCCCUCUGAUAUGUCUGAUUAACGGUGCUGCCCACCACGUGGACCAUCACCUCUACUUCAUCUACAACUAUGGACAGUACUUCACACUCUGGGAUCGUCUGGGGGGCUCCUACCGACACCCCUCCGCCCUGCUGGGGGAGGGCUCCCACGACCACGUACGCAAGCUCAUGGCAGAGGCUGCAAAGACAAAGUGA